AUGGUGUUUAGUCUGUCAUACUUGGCUAUUAACCUGGAAUCAGUUGAGCAUAUGAGUCAUUGUUUUAGUGUAUUACUGUUUAGCGGUGCACACAGAUCGUUUGCUGUUCACGCUAACAUGGCUGUUACAAGGCCCAUUGUCAAUGUUUAUGGAGUGAAUGGAGCAUCUACGGGUUCCACCAUUAAGAUGCCGGCAGUCUUUACGACUCCACUACGUUUGGACCUUCUGAACUUCGUCCAUGACCAAAUGCGUAAAAAUUCAAGACAGCCAUAUGCAGUUAGUUCAAAGGCUGGUCAUCAGACAUCUGCCGAAUCCUGGGGUACCGGAAGAGCAGUUGCCCGUAUUCCUAGAGUGAGGGGUGGUGGUACACACAGGUCAGGUCAAGGUGCUUACGGAAAUAUGUGUCGUGGUGGUCAUAUGUACGCUCCUACAAAGACAAUGAGACGGUGGCACAGAAAGAUAAAUAUUCAGCAGCGACGAUAUGCCAUAUGCUCUGCAAUCGCCGCGACCGGAGUGCCAUCGUUAGUCAUGGCUCGCGGUCAUCGAGUUGACCGUGUCCCUGAACUCCCACUUGUUUUAUCUAAAGAGGUCGAGUCACUUAAGAAAACAAAAGAUGCGGUUAAAGUACUUAAGGCGAUCCGAGCUUGGCCAGAUAUUCAGAAAGUUUAUAACUCUCAGAGAUUCCGUGCUGGCAAAGGUAAAAUGCGAAAUCGAAGACGAAUUCAGAAGCGUGGUCCGAUAAUAAUUUAUAAAAAAGACGAUGGAAUAUCACGGGCCUUCAGAAAUAUUCCAGGUGUCACUUUGAUUAAUGUCAAGGCUCUUAAUCUUCUUAAGUUGGCCCCAGGUGGUCACAUGGGACGUUUAGCUAUUUGGUCAGACUCGGCUUUCCGUCAGUUGGACAAGCUUUAUGGCACUCGAAAAACAGGAAGUGUAAAAAAAUCCGGUUUCCAUCUUCCCAUAGCAAAAAUGGCCAAUGCAGACUUAGGUAGACUUUUACACUGCCGUGAAGUCUCUUCUGUCGUGAAGUCCAGGCGUAUGCAUUUGCAACGUCCAGGUCCUAAGGUCAAGAAAAAUCCGUUAAAGAACCAGCAGGCGUUGCUAAAAUUGAAUCCAUUUGCGCUUGGAGAAAAACAUUUCAAGAUGGCCCUUGCGCGUGCGAUUAAAAACGGAAAACUUAAACGAAAAGCUGCUAGCAAAGUUGACGAGGCUCCUUCAAAAAAAACUAAAUAUGUAAAAGUAAAAUAAUGUCUUGAAAUACAGUUGUGAUGAUGGCAUCAUUUUCUGAAUGCAUAGAUGAUUGUCUGAUAUUUCGACCUAUUUUGUUUAUCGACAGUCGAGUAUGUCUUGGUGUUGUUCG